UAUCUGGGAACGAAUGAUAACGCUAAAAAAUAAAGUAUAAAGUGAUUUCUAUCAUCAUGUCACGCAUCAUAUGCAUCGUUUCCCCUUCAUUUUCAACCUCCUUUUAUCGAUUAUAUUUUCAACAUUUUCGCGAGUGAUUCGAGUCAUUUACAAUUUCAUAGAAGAGUGAAUAAUUACAGAGUGAAGGAAAUAUGAAUCGUGGAAACGUACAAUUUUUACUUUUACACGUGUCAAUCGUUAUCGCGUUAUCUGUUAACGUUAACGGAUCAAAAAUAAAUGUCUGGCCGUCGUUAAUGGAUGGAGAUGAUGGAAAUAAACUGGACACUUUCUUAUACGUUGUUAACAACACGAAAGGUCAACCGUGCAUUUUGGCAAAUAUGUCAAUUAAUUUCAUGAUACCGUAUGAAAAGGAAAAUAAAAAUUUCAAUGUUCCAAAUGAUGCUACGGUACAAGGCCAUUGUUCAUCUAUAGUAUCCGAAAUGACAUUGAGCUGGAAAGAAGGAAAAAGUGAUAAAAAUAACACGAUUAAAUUUACGUUCAUCAAUGAUCACACCAAUUUCACGGUUUUUUCAAUCGAGCUUAAUAUUUAUAAGGACAAAGAAAAAUUUCCAAAUGAUGGAGAUAAAUGGUUUGUAGCAAAAUCAGAUUUGGACCUCCACUUAUUCCCUGCAUUCUCGAAGAAUGGAAUUCAUAAGUGUGACGAAGAAAAAAAAGUGAAAUUGAAUGGUACUGAAUUAAUUGUGACAAACGUUUCUUUGAUUGCAUUCAAUAACGAUAUUUCCUCGCGUAAAGAAGUGACAAACUGCAUAAAUCCCGAAAAAGACGGGGCCAAUAAUAAAACUUUCCCUUACAUCGCAAAAUGGAAGAAUAACACAAUUUGUGGAUUGUUAAGAAUGUCAGUUACCGUACAGAUGUCGUAUAUGACAAAGGAUUUUAAGAUGAAAAAUGUAAAUAUAACAGUUCCAACCAGAACUAAUGUCAUAGAAUCUUGCACAACUGACACAUUUGACAUAGAAUUAGUUUGGAGCUCGAAAGAUGAGCCGAAUAAAAAUUCAAUUAUAUUUCAUUUUUCCAAAAUAGAGAAAAAUUUACUUCGCUACGUAAUAAUUAACAUUUUUAUGGAUAAAGAAAAUUUUCCGAAUGCUACAAAUACAGGUAAAAAUACAUCAGCGUUGAAACUUGCUAAUAUGUUCCCCACACCCGUAAAUGGAAUUUAUAGUUGCACGGAAGAAAUCGUAAUAACGACAGGAAACGACAUUAACGUUACAAUAAGCGAUACUCUGUUGAUCCCAUUCGAUGUGGAAAAUAAUUUAGUGUCGAGAAAAGUGGCUGAUUGUAAAAUUAAUAUUUCCGAAUUUGACUUUAAUUACAUUGUACGAAACGAAGAAAAAAUACCUUGCAUUUUGGCGAACAUGAACAUAUCAAUUGAUACGAGUAAUUCGAAAAAUAAGAAUAAAGAUGUGAUAAUAGUUCCACUCGAAGCUAAGGUAAAUGGCAGUUGCGACACUAAGAGGUCUCAAAUAGAACUGAUGUGGACAAAAUCGAAGGAAGAGAAUUUGACGAAUAAUAUUAUAUUUUAUAUCGCUCGUAAUAAAACUGAUUUCUUUGUUUAUCAAAUAGAGGUCAAUAUUUACGCGGGUAAUUUAGAUAAGAUACACAAGAUGUCAGACUUUGGUCUCGAUUUAUUUUCAACGUCCGGAAUUUACAAUUGCACCGAUCAGAAUUGGCAGAUAAAGCUUGACGAUAUCGCGAUUAACAUAAACAACGUCCUUUUCACCGCAUUCAAUACCGAUGAAUAUUUGAAUUCGAAAACAGUGACAGACUGUUCGAGAAGUCAAGAUUCCAUCACAUCGCCGAUCGCAUCGAGCACAACUGAAACGACAACCGACCAAUCAUCGUCUAUGCUUGAACCUGAUCCUUACGUGAACGAGUAUAAUUACGUUGUGAUAAACGAGAAAACGCACGUGGCUUGUAUCGCAGCGAACAUGACAAUUUUUAUGAAAAUACCUUACGUGACGAAACAAUCUAAAACGAACGAAACGAUUUUAACGAUACCGGUGAAUAGCACGGUAACCGGAAGUUGCGGGAGCACGAAUUCGACGAUGGAAUUAACUUGGUUUGAAAAGUCAGAAUCGUACAACGUGUACAAGAACGAGAAAAAUAACUCGUUUAAGAUUAAUUUUCAAAAAGACGAAUCAAAUUAUUUGCUCCAUUCGAUCGAGUUGAACAUUUACAUGGAUAAAACAAAUUUUCCCAAUUCUGAUGAAGAGAGAUACACCGCUGUCGAAAAUAUCGAUAUGAUUUCCGCUCCUUUGAACAAUCUCUACAAAUGCGGUGACAAUACCUCUGUAAAAGUGAAAGACGUCGACGUGAUUGUUGCUAACGUUACACUGAUCGCGUUCAACACCGAGAAGAAGAUCGCUACGAAGUCGGUAAUGUGUAUUCAGGAUACAAGUCCUAACAUUGGAUUAAUAAUAGGAUGUAUCAUCGGAGCUAUUAUGAUCCUCGGUAUAUCUGCGUUGUUGAUGUAUCUAUAUUUCAGAGAAUGUUUCUCAUGUUCUAUUUUUUCGAGAUCACGAUAAUAUGAGUUUUUUUUUUUUUUUUCUUUUUUUU